UUCGAUUUAGAAAGAGGAGUGAUUUGGGACAUCAAUUUUGAGAUUCUAUCAGAUUAAGUCCACAAACGAGAAUCAUGUCAACCCUUAGGAAAGAUUUUUUGGUUGUCGCUGCCAUAGACUUUGGAACGGCAUAUUCUGGCUUUGCAUUUUCGUCGAUUCAAGAAUUCAAGUCAGAGCCGCUGAAGAUAUCAGCGAAUACUUGGAUUGGUGGAAGUUUGAUGUCCCAGAAGACUUCAACGUGUGUCCUGUGUGAUAAAGACAAGACUUUUAAAAAGUUUGGUUUUGAUGCCGAAGAUGCGUAUGCGGACUUGGCGAUGGACGACAAACACAAAGAUUACUACUACUUCAGACGUUUUAAAAUGGAGCUUUUCAACAAACUGAAACUCAAGCGACGAUUCAUGCUUGAAGACGUUUUGGGUAAGAAGAUGCUGGCAAUGGACGUGUUUUCGGCAUGUAUUAAGUUCUUGAAGGAUGACUGCUUGGGUAAAAUUCGGUUACAGCUUCCCGAAAUACGUGACACUGAUAUCCGCUGGGUUCUAACAAUGCCAGCGAUCUGGAACGACGUUUCGAAACAGUUCAUGCGAGAAUCCGCUGCUAAGGCUGGCAUACCCAACGAGAGUCUCCUGAUCGCCCUAGAACCGGAGGCUGCAUCGCUAUGCUGUCGUCAUUCGCCAAUGACGUCAUUGAAAGGUUCACAGAAGUUUAUGCCAUUUCAGCCGGGAACAAAGUACCUUAUAUUUGACGCGGGUGGUGGUACCAUAGAUAUAACCGUACACGAGGUGAUGCCAGGAGGAGGCCUUAAAGAGUUGUAUGCAGCUAACGGAGGAGACUGGGGUGGGACGUUCGUUGACAGAGCCUUUAGAAAUCUUCUUGCGGAAAUUGUUGGAAAUGACAUUAUGACUGGAAUUGAAACUUCAAAAACGUCUGAUUACAUAGAUAUAUUUCGUGAUUUUGAGGUUAUCAAAAGAAAAUUUGCCGUUUCCAUGUCAGAUAGAGUAACAUUCAAAGUACCGGCUGCAUUGAACGAAAUUUUCAAAGCAAAGUAUGGAAAGGAUAUCAAAGAUCACCUUCCCUGGCGAAGUAUAAAGACAAAAUAA